UUUUCUUCAAACCAAUUCAUAAGAAGUUCAAAAUUAACGUCCUCAAAAUCCUUUACUAGAUCCUUAUUAGAAACAACACUUACAUGUUCAACUUUGUCUUCCUUCUUAGCUUCGAACAAAUUCAUUGGGAGGUCAAGAUCAGUUUCAUUUUCACACUUCUCAACCAAAUUCGUUACCUUGAUAGUGGUUGGAACAGAAUUUUUCAAUUUUUCAACCAAUUUAAAUUCUUUUUCAUUUUCAAAUAGCUUCAUAGGGAACUCAAUAUUAGUCUCCUCAAGAUCCGACACAAAACUCUUUUUCUUAAUUUCUGGUUUGAUUGUCUUUUUGCUGUUAAACUUUGUUGG